AGGAAACGAUUUUUGAAUCCAAAGGGUCACGCUACCAGAACCACGCAUUGGGAGGACCCACGAAAGCGACAACAAGGCAUGGGUUCCCCUUGCUCAUCAAAUCAGAGUUUGGCAUCCGGUGGGCAUGUUACUCCUGGCCACAUCACACCGGCCCAGAGUCCCGUUCAACACAUGCAUGUCCAGUCUCCACAGCCUGCACAGUCCCCGCAACUUAUUCCUUGUUACAAGCCCGAGCUCGUGAAGUCGUUGACUUAUCCAUUUAUCCGAAAUACAAUUCCCGUUAAAGUAGGAAUUCCAAUAAGGAAUCCCGGUCCAGUCCCGGAUAAGCCCGAGCUCGUGAAGUCGUUGACUUAUCCAUUUAUCCGAAAUACAAUUCCCAUUAAAGUAGGAAUUCCAAUAAGGAAUCCCGGUCCAGUCCCGGACUGA